GCGACUGUGAUUUUUCAGUUGUUUUCAGUUUUCUUUUGGAAAUUUGCUUCAGGCAGUUUUCUUCUCUUUUCCAGGGAGCAAUGGCCUUUUGUGGUUGGCACGUGGUCCUCACUUUGAGGUGAUGAACUCUGUGACAGGGGAGCGGCUCUCUGCCUACAAUUUCAGUGGGCUACAUGGACAGCCUCCCACUGUCCGUGUGGUCAAGGAGUUUUCCUGGUGGAAUAGACCUGCGCUGCUGAUUGGUGUUGGGAAUGUUCUCUGUUUGUAUCACCUUGGAAGAUCACGAGUGAUUAAAGCCGUUGCUCUUCCAGGAAGGGUGGUUGCUAUCGAACCUAUAGCUAAUGACGGAGGAGUCGAUGCGAGCACUCGGUACCUCCAUCCAAGUCUGCAGUGGUUCUCUGGAGUGGCAGCAGUGGCUACAAAUGUUGGGCACGUUCUUCUGGUUGACCUUUGUUUGCAUGAUUUCUUUUGGAGUGAGAAGGAAAUAGAAACAUUGGAUCUCGAAUCUGUCACUGCUGCUCCUGCUGAAGUUCCACGAAUCAGAGAAACUGUGAUGGGAGGAGGGAGACAUCUCUGUUUCCGAUUACAGAACUCUUCUAGAAGCGCAGUAUCAACGCUGUACUUCAUCAGCAGAACCAAUCAGCUCGUUGUGGGCUUUUGCAAUGGCACCCUCUCACUGUGGAAUAUGGGAACUUUGACAAGGGAGCACAACUCUCAGCUCAACGGAGGAAGGAUUCCUGUCAGUGGUGUUACUUUUCAAGAGCCUGAGAAUGAUCCUGGCAACUCUUGCUACUUGUGGGCUGUUCAGUCUGCGCCAAAAAGGGGAGGUGGUGUUCUGAGUUUCCGGCUGUUGCAGUUAACCUUUGGUAAACGAAGACGCGUGGCAUCAGGACAAGUCAUGUAUGAGGGUUUGGCACGCUGUGAAGAAAGGUUCGGUGUAGAUCUCAGGGGUGGAAACUCCAACAGCAAUAUGAAAUUACUUGGGUGUCAGACGAUAGAAAAGUUCAGUGACCGUCUUGACGGAGGCAACAGCAUUAAUGGAGUAAUGUCUCCCUACGCCAGCGUCUCAAUCUUCACUUGGCAAGUGUGUACAAGUGGUCAGAAAAACCCAUUGAUUCACUUGAGCGUGUUUGACAUUAAUGGCUGGCUCGAUGCUGAAAUGCCAGCCUCGGUCAGGCCAGAAUCUCUUCAGGAUUGCCCCUAUUUUGCGCUGUGGUCACUGGAUACGGUGACAAGCCCGGCUCCUUUAGACCUCGUUUUGGAUAUUAUGGUAGACCAGACAAGUCUAACUUGGAGAGAUUAUCCUUCUUACCUAGCACCUGGCCAGUAUCCUUGUGCAAGCAGCUAUAGUUUUGGUGUUAUGUGUUUGCUGAGCUUCGGAGUCUGUCGUGUGACUUGCACCAGCUCGCGGGAGGAGGAGGAGCAGUUAGAGGCGUUAUUGUCCACAGCUGCCCGAACAGGUUCUUUAGAACUUCUGACUGAGUACAUUAAACGUUGGACAUCCGAAGAGCAGCCAAGUUCUGCGGAAAAUAUACAGUUUGUCCGUGAGUGCGCGUGGAACAGAGUGCUCCACGCCACAGAUGAAUUUAACCAACUGUGUGUUCCGCUCUUUGAUGGCCCCUUCGUUGACCAAAAGACUAUCCAGUCUCUUUAUGACUGCCAGUUCUAUUUGUGCAACCUUAGCACCAUUUUAAACUGUUUGCCGAGAGAAGAACAAGACCUUUCUGAAGAAGACCUGACAAAUAAGCAGGUGCUAGCCGGCCACCAGUCGUUGUAUGCACAAGUGGUCACCUGGUUCUGUCGCUGUGGUCUCCUUCCACAGGGUUUAGAUGCGGGUCAGCGUUCGUCUAGACCUUUUUACAAUUACCCUCUGCUUCAGAGAUGCUGCACAGCUCAGCGACAGAGGCUGACGCGUUUGUCCAGAGGAAAAUGGGAUUUGGCUGGCCUGAUGAUUGACAGGAUGGUUUCGGACUUGGGAGAGCGAGUGCAGAAUCUGUGGUGCACAGACAAACAAAAAACUGGGAAAUAUCCCCCUCCCAGUUUACAGGCCCUGCUGCAACUCUACCUGCUAGACGGCAUUGAAGAAAUCGACAAGCACAAAAUUACAAUGUACUUGCUGCUGGAUAUCGGGUGGGCCGUGCCAGAUAACAGGGAAAGACUACUGCACUCCUUCUGCGCAGCCUUUGCUAUCCCGAAGGGGUUCGUUCAGCUCGUUCAAGGGUUUUGGCUGCUGGAUCACAAUGAUUAUGAAAAUUCGCUGGUCCUGCUCUGUCACCCAGCUACAGCCAGAAGCGCGUCGUGGCUGCGUCAGAGGGCUAUUCAGUCCCUCAUGUGCCAAGGACAGCACAGGAGAGCCCUCACGUACAUACGUAUGACGAGGCCAUUGAUCACCAGCUCCAGAGAAGCGCAGCUUUACCUCUCUGUGUUCUUGUCCAACAGGUGCAUGGCAGAUGCGUGGAACCUGUUGCAGCAACGCUCCUCAGAUGACAAUAGAGAAGAGCUGCUGCUGCACAUGUUUAAAACCUGUUUGGAGAUGGGACUUGUGAAGGGCUUCCUGGAGCUGCCUUUCACAGACACUGAGCUCGAGUGUUUGGAGGAGAUUUUGGAGAGCAGUGAUUUGAUUAAGGACCACGAAUUCUUUCCAGCCAACCAUCCAAAACCAGUCAACAAUACUGCAGCGGUGCGGGUGAAUAAGUCAGCGAAGGUGACUCUUACGGAUUUCUGGAAGAAGCAAAUGCUGAAAGUCUUACCCUUCCCGAGGGUGCCAAGUUGGUGUUCGCAGCUGCUGAAGAGGAAAACGCAGCAAGUCUUACCCUUCCUGAGGGUGGCAAAUUGGUGCUCACAGCUGCUGAAGAAGAAAACGCAGCAAGUCUUCCCCUUCCCGAGGGUGGCAAAUUGGUGCUCACAGCUGCUGAAGAAGAAAACGCAGCAAGUCUUACAAUUCCCGAGGGUGGCAAGCUGGUACUCACAGCUGCUGAAGAAGAAAACGCAGCAAGUCUUACAAUUCCCGCGGGUGGCAAGCUGGUGUUCAAAGCUGCUGAGGCUGCUGCCUGGGAGACUGCAAGGGAAGGGUGAGUUUACAAAACAGAUUGAUCUUUUGGUUCAUACAGCUCGUCAUCGUGGGCUUUCUGUGCUUGCAAAUGAUGACUUGGAGCUGGUAUAUGUUACAAACGCUUUGAGGAAUACAUUACAAAAUCUGCGUCAGAAACAGACCUCACUGAAGGCAGCAUUAUCCCUUCUGCUACUUCCAAAGGGACUGGAGGACAACAGAGGUCGGCAAGACAUCGACCUGCUCCUGCGAAACGAACGGCAGAGCCUCUCAGCAGAGCAGCAGGAAGAUCAAUAUACAGGAACCCACUAUUUACCGAAGAGUUUUUCGUUCGUGACAAAGAGGUGCAUCGCCGUGACCAAGUCCUGCAGUACCUGUCAGCUAGAAGAGCCAAAUUCCAGGCUGUGGAUGAAAAUCCGUUUGAUGAAGAGGAUGAGAAUCCUUUCUUCUCCUGGCGCGAAGAAAUUGAAAGGUCAGUGCAACAGUUGUAGAUGCAAAAUAGGGCAUACUGCCAUUUGUCAGCCACAAAAAGCAGACUGUGAGGAUGGCUUUAAGGACUGUGAAGAAUGUAACAAUGCCAAAUAGA